AGGUACUGUUACACAUGCUCAUAAAAUAGCAUGCUUACGAGCAUGCUUGAAAAUCGCAUGCUCUCCAAACUGAUACAUUUGCUCGUGUUUAGCAUGCUUUUUUAUGUGCAUGCUCUCCUCGAUCUUGCUCAAAGCAAAGACUCCGGACACACAUGCUAUUUAAUAGCGAGCUGUUCGUUCAGUGUUCCACUGCAAAAAUGGAAAACCAAGUGACUCUCUCCACAGAAGUGAAUAAAGUCAUCAUUUUGAUUGCAAUACAGUGUGUCAAAAAACUUUUGGUAUCAAGAAAGAAGAAUAGAAGGAAUAGGAAGAUUUGGGUUCGAGAUUGGCUAAGUAGAAGAGAAAACCUUGGAGCAAGUACUCGAUUGCUAGCAGAAAUGAGAGAAGAAGACAUUGAUGGCUACAAAAAUCAUUUGCGGAUGCUGCCGCAUCAGUUUGAUGAAUUGCUCUCUAAAACUGGAAGCGCUAUACAGAAACAAGAUACACACAUGCGAAAUGCUAUUCCAGCAAAAGUGAAAUUGGAAAUUACAUUGAGAUAA